GUUAAAUCCGGGAUACCGGGUCCUUGGACCUCCAACCAUGUCAGGUACUGCAACUUGGAGCCACAUUAGCGAUUUAGCCAUCUAAUUUACCGGCCGGGUGGUAUCGAUGCGCCCGAAUCAACUAAAAGACCGCCUGUGUAAACAACGAUCAGCCGUCUUGGCAGAGUGGUGGUGAUGCACGCCUGCAUGUUCGAACAAAAGGCCACGGCGAAGCAGGAGGGGAUAUAUAUACUCACCGAGGGGCCUCGUUCCCGAGAUCCAGGUGCGUUACAGUCUACCGCUCCCACACCCGCGGACUGUUAUCUCUUCUUCUGUUCCACCUCACCAUGAAACUCCUGUCCGGCUUGACUCUGGCCCUGGCCGGGUCAGCAGCGGCGGCGAACUCGACUUACUACAACCCAAUCCUCCCCGGCUGGCACUCGGAUCCGUCUUGCAUCCACGUUGACGGCACCUUCUACUGCGUCACAUCCACCUUCAUCUCGUUCCCCGGCCUCCCGAUCUACGCGUCCAAGGAUCUGAUCAACUGGAAGCACGUCAGCCAUGUCUGGAACCGCGAGUCGCAGCUCCCCGGCUACAGCUGGGCCACCUUCGGGCAGCAAGACGGCAUGUACGCGGCCACCAUCCGCGUGCGCGACGGCGUCUUCUACGUCAUCUGCGAGUACCUCGACGUCGAAGGCAAGGACUCGGGCGUGCUGUUCCGAACCACCGACCCCUUCGACGACGCCUCCUGGAGCGACGCCGUAACAUUCCUAGCACCCAAGAUCGACCCGGACCUCUUCUGGGACGACGACGGCAAGGUCUACGUCGCCACCCAGGGCUGCCAGCUCCAAGAAAUGAACAUCGACACGGGCGAGAUGGGGCCCAUGAUCCCACUGUGGAACGGCACGGGCGGCGUGUGGCCCGAGGGCCCGCACAUCUACAAGCGCCCCGGCGACGGCCACUACUACCUGAUGAUCGCCGAGGGCGGCACGGCCGAGGACCACGCCAUCACCAUCGCGCGCUCCGAGUCCCUCACGGGGCCCUACGACCCUUCCCCCAACAACCCGAUCCUCACCAACCGCGGCACGGACGAGUACUUCCAGACGGUCGGCCACGGCGACCUCUUCCAGGACCCCGACGGCAACUGGUGGGGCACCGCGCUGGCUACCCGCUCCGGGCCGGCUUACGAGUCCUACCCGAUGGGCCGCGAGACCGUCCUCUUCCCGGUGACUUGGCGCGAGGGCGACUGGCCCAUCCUGCAGCCCGUGCGCGGCAAGAUGUCCGGCUGGCAGCUGCCGCCCGCGUCGCGGGAUGUGCCGGGGGUGGGACCCUUCAACUCGGAUCCGGAUGUUUAUGACUUUGAGGCGGAGACGGAGGCUGCUCUGCCGCGGAACUUGGUCUACUGGCGCGUGCCGCGCGAUGGGGCGUUCUCCGUUGCUAAGGGGGGUGAGGGCUUGCAGGUUGUUCUGGGCCGGAAUAGUCUUGCCGGUUUGCCGGGCGGUCCGGAGCCGGAGGCUAAGGCCAUCUCGUUUAUUGGGCGCCGCCAGACGGAUAGCUUGUUCACGUAUACUGUGGAUUUGGACUUUGAGCCGCUGGAGGACGGCCAGGAGGCGGGUGUGACGGCCUUUUUGACGCAGGAGGCGAACCUGCAGCUGGGGUUGGUGCUGGUGGAUGGACAGCUGAGCUUCCGCUUCAAUGUGUCUGGUGAGGUGACGGAGAGUGUGGUGCCGGAGGGAUGGGCUGGGGAGACAGUCCGUCUGGAGAUCAAGAUGGCCGAGCUGACCGAAUAUACCUUCUCGGCUGCCCUGGCGUCUAACCCCAAGGACAGCGUUGAGCUGGGGACCGCAUCGGCGAAGUUGUUGAGCGGCGGCUCGGGGUCGUUUGUUGGCACUUUGAUCGGUGUGUAUGCUACCUGCAAUGGUGCGGGUGAGGGAAUUGACUGCCCUGCCGACACGCCCAGUGCGUACUUCAAGAGGUGGAGGUACACGGGAGAUGGGCAGUACAUCACCGAGACGGAGAUGGCUCCCCGCGAAGUCAAGGGCAAGGGCAAGGGUAAGGGCAAGGAGGGCAAGGGAAAGAGGUCCAAAAGGAAUUAACCCAGUGCAGGGAGUGUAAUUAGUAUUAACAAACCGAUAGGCGGCUUGUACAGAUUACUGAUAGUAUUAAUCUCACGCCGGCUUGAUCGUGA